CUUUGCUCACUCGAGUUUGGACGUCUCAUCAGAGCACAUCCCCAACAGGAGAGAGGACGAGAAAGAGAAAGAGAGAGAGAGAGAGAGAGAGAGAGAGAGAGAGAGAGAGAGAGAGAGAGAGAGAGAGAGAGAGAGAGAGAGAGAGAGAGAGAGAGAGAGCGUGGCAACAAGACGACAAUGCAUGUGACGGCUCUGACGAUUGUGCUGGUGGUGGCGGCUCUCCCGACCAUCCAGGCUUUGACCUGCGCGGCGCCCUUCAAGGCUCUGGCCAACAGGUGGUGUGUGGUCGCCAACAUCAGCGUGCCCGACGUGGCGCACACGUGGCUGGGAGCAAGGAGCGCGUGCCAGAGUAUAAAAGGAGACUUGAUCAUUCUGGACAAGCACGAGAAGUUGCGAGCUCUCACCGCCCACCUGGAUACUGAGCUUACUGGAGAAAGAUUAACGCAUCCCUUGUGGGUGGGCGGCAGAGGAUACUCGGGCGUGUGGUGGUGGGUGAACGGACGCCCUGUGAACCUGCUGUCUCACCUGUUUAUUCCAGAUGAACCGAAUAUGAAGCAGGGACUCUUCUCCGCCAUGUUGGUCAAGUCAGGGAAGAGGCGCUACAUGGUGUCUGUGGAUAACACAGAGACCAUACCGGGCUAUAUUUGCGAGACGUAGAUGGAGGAGAGCGUAAGGACAUAAAGAGAGGAGGUAAUGGUCACCUUGGAGUGGGAAGAUAAGAAAAAGAAGACGUUAUAAGCUGCAUGAGUUUGAAUAAAGAAAAAGGGAGGGGACGAAGAAAGCGAGAACUACAAGAGAAAAAUUCAAGUAGUAAAAUAUGAGAAACUUUAUGUAUUGUUUUGAGAAGUACACAGAAGCAUUACUGAAAAA